AUGUUGUCCGUCAUAGACCCUGACGUUCCUGAGCAGGAGGAAGCGGGCUUACGCACAGCUCCGGCGAAGUUACAAGAAGAGACUUUGAAACCUGGCGACGAGGGCGACGAUGACAUCGAUGAGUGCAUAAUAGAAGAAGAGUGGGAAUACGAUGACCAGGCUUGGGACUACCCGUCGGACAGCUCGGCUGCUCCUGGCAGUCAGUCGAGGUCCAGUAGAGAUAGCCGGCAAGGUGAUGCACGACCGGACACGGGGGGUGAUCUCCCGGAGACGACGGCGAGAGAACAUGAGGAGGGAGUCGUGUUCCGGGUGAUGGCGGAGCUGAGCAGGAUAGAGAGCGAGCUCGCUGAAGCUGAAGCUGCUGAUGCUCGUGAGGACAGCUUGCCAAAUGCGGAAGUGAUUGGAGCGAAGGAACUUGUUGAGAUCAACAAGCAGAAGAACACAGUUCCUGCACCCAAACCGCCUGCACGGACCCCCAAAACGAGGAAACCGGGCGCGGAAUCAAGUAAAAUGGACCCGGCGGUGAGAGAGUUCCUGGAACAGAUGCAUCAAGAUCGGUCCAAACUGCAAGCCCUUGAACGAGAACUAGACCAUGCCAUCUCGCGUCAAAGCAUCCAGAAUGAAGUGCUCGAGGCGAUGAAUGCGUUGGAGACGAGUUGGAAGGCUCAGGCUAGAGGAGAGCGUGUGGGUCUCAAAAAUAAGAUCAGUGGGAUACGGGCAGCUAUCAGCAAGCUGUGGUGUCAUAUCCGGACGCCUCAUGAGGGAGAUACAUAUGUGAGCAAGCUGAAGGCGUCGAUGGAAUCCAUCGAGGCGGAUCUGCUGGCCAUCAGGGAUCAUGAGAGCAAAGUCCUUGAGGAUCUCGUCCGCCAAGAAAAGAAGCUUACGCAAGAGAUCAAUACCUUCGAAGAGCACAUUGAAGCCUGGAACCAGAUUGCGGAAACUGUUCCAGAAAGACUGCCUCACACCGCGUCUAGCAAGCCCGCGCCUGUAUCUGUCGCCAAGCAUGAUGAUAUACUGCUACCGGAGGUCAUGGAAUACCAGGAUUUCAUCUCCCGGCAUGGCGGCCGCUUUGGAGGCUGGGAAGAACUCAGCCAUACGACCUUUCUCAAGUUACGGCAAAAGUUUGGACCAGACUCUCCAGACUUCUUCCGGGCCUGCAUCUCCCGCAUCCCUGGGAUAGACUACAAUCUGGCGUCUCAGCAUGAGAAAUGGUAUCAGCGGUUCUGUAAAGUGACCGAGGCGCGGAAGAUGGCUAUUGGCAAAUGGAGGCAGCGGAAAGCUGCCAUAUUGGAGAGAGAGGAACAGGCCUUGGACGAAGAGACCGAGAUGAAACACGAAAGGUCAGACGUCGACAUAGCGCUGGAACGAGCAGAACGCGAAGAGAAGAGGCGGGCACUGAUGGAAUGGAAGACCAAGAAAGCCGCCGAGCAGGCAACGCAAGAGCAGAUUUCAAAGCUCACACACAGACAAGAACGGGAAAGGCUAAGAAAGUGGCAGGAAGAACAGAAAGCACGCCACGACAGAAUCGCGGACUUUGUACGGCGCAAAGCUGAAACCGAAGCCUUGAUUCGCAGACGCAGAGAAGAACGUGAGAGACAGGAGCGAAUAUCCCGGGCGUCUGCGGAUCCUGAGAGUGUCACGCGGAUCGCCCAGAAGAACAAACAAAUACUCGAGCGCAGAAUUGCAGCGAAGGAAGCGAAAGCCAAAGCUGAAGAGGAGAAAAAGAAGCACAUCGAGCGGCUUCUCGACAAGGUCGAGGUCCACUCCACAAGAAACCCAGCACGCCUCUUACAACCCACUGAAGCGUUUCAAAAGAGAUUAGAAACGCCGGCCCAUGAUCCGAGCGAGCAGGCUAGGACUCGCUUUGAGCCGCAUAUAUUACCUAGGCGGAGUGUGCCGACGUGGCGAGUAGAGCUCUGA